AUGAAAUUUCCACUUUUGUUUCAACUAGCUAUCUGUCUGCCUGUCUGUCUGUCUGUCUGUCUAUCUAUCUAUCUAUCUAUCUAUCUAUGUCUGUUCAUAUCCAUCUCAGUCUGUUCAUAUCUAUCUAUGUCUGUUCAUAUCUAUCUCAGUCUGUUCAUAUCUAUCUAUCUAUCUAUCUAUCUAUCUGUCUGUCUAUUUAUCUAUCAAUCUAUCUAUCUCUGUGUUUUCAUUAUCAUUUUACCUGUCUAUUCAUUUUUUAUCUAUUUAUCUAUCUAUCUAUCUAUCUAUCUAUCUAUCUAUCACAGUCUUCGUAUCUAUCUAUUUAUCUAUCUUAAUCUGUUCAUAUCUAUCUAUAUGUUGGCGCCUGUUCGUAUCUAUCUAUCUAUCUAUCUAUCUAUCUAUCUAUCUAUCCGAGCUUGUUCGUAUUCUAUCUAUCUAUCUAUCUAUCUAUCUAUCUAUCUAUCUAUCUAUCUAUCUAUCUAUCUAUCCGAGCUUGUUCAUAUUCUAUCUAUCUAUCUAUCUAUCUAUCUAUCUAUCUAUCUAUCUAUCCUUGAUAAUGGCUAA